AUGCACGGACGUUUGACAGGAAAGGUUGCCUUUAUUACCGGUGCUGGAAGUGGCAUCGGGUUUGAAUCAAGCAUACUCUUCGCCAAGGAAGGUGCCAAGGUUGUUCUUGCAGAUAUCAACGCUGCUGCUGGGCAGAAUGCUCUUGAAAAAGUGUUUGCUACAGUAGGUUAUAUUCCAAGCAAUGACCCUACUGGUGCCAAUGUGCCAGCUAUCUUUGUCAAGGUUGAUGUGUCCAAAGAGGCCGAGAUCAAGAAUGCCAUUGACCAAGGAGAAGUCAAUGUUAUUUUCAACAACGCUGGUAUCAUGCAUCCCAAUGACGACAAUGCUAUUUCCACGGAUGAAAGCGUUUGGGAUCUGACCAUGCAGAUUAAUGUAAAAGGUGUAUGGUGGGGUGCUAAACAUGGCAUUCCUGCCUUGCGUCGCGCAGGAGGUGGUAGUAUCAUCAACACUGCCAGUUUUGUUGCUGUUCUUGGUGCUGCUACUCCGCAGUUGGCUUAUACCGCAUCCAAAGGCGCAGUUCUCGCCAUGACCCGUGAGCUUGCUACCAUCCAUGCUCGCGAGAAUAUUCGUGUCAAUGCUCUUUGUCCUGGUCCUCUCAGAACUCCACUCUUGAUGGAUUUUCUCAACACGGAAGAAAAGAAACAGCGACGUAUGGUGCACGUUCCCAUGGGACGCUUUGGCGAAGCCAUUGAACAAGCUUAUUCUGCACUUUUUCUUGCUUCGGAUGAAUCGUCAUACAUCACUGGUACUGACUUCAUGGUAGACGGUGGUUUGACUGCUGCCUAUGUUACGCCUGAAGGUCCAACCACCUCUCUGCCCACCUUUAAAAACUUUUCUGGUAUUUAA